CUGCUUCAAACAGAAUGCCAUCAACUGCCAUUGCAAUGAGCGUAGCUAGUGCUUUACCGCCAAGCCCUGCUGCAUCGCCGAGGACCACCACGCUGUCACCACCUGUCCAGGGCCACAACCUAAAGGUCGACAAUGGCACGCAGCCUAUCCUCGUCGACUUUCACCCCCUUCCACGCCAAAAGCUUGACGCAUUAGACAAAUAAUACAACCAGCACAGUGUGCCGUUGAUGAUACGUGAGGAUUUCGAUAACCUUGUCGCCAGUAUUUGGGAGGGGCUAGAGUUGGACUCGUCCAUAAAAUCAAAGGACAAACUAGAAGCUGUGCUGGCUGAUCGUCUGCAACGCGACACAGAGCACUUAAAGAGUCUAUUAGAAGACAGCAAAAGGGAGGUAUUCUUGGAUGCGAAUAUCCCCGCCGAGGUUGACGAGCUGCUUCCAUGCAUUCAACAACCAAGUUGGCACGGUUGCCUCCGAUUCAUCAUUCAGACACUCCCGCAGCUCUCCUCCGCGAAGCAGGCAACGAUCUUGCAAUCGCCUCAAGUCGCCUCAGUAUCGCCGCCUGCUUCUAUCGCAUUCAAGCGACGACUUGCAUCAACCCCACCCUCAGCAGUUUCCCAACCACGAUCCUCCACACAUGUGACGCGGGUCCAGAAGAGGCGGAAGAAGCAGGUUACCAAGUCAGUACAACAGAGUGAACAAAUAAAGAUUAGAUCAAACAACAAAAGGCAGUGAAGAAGGAUUUGGAGUCGGCUUUUCAUUAAAUGAUACCCAGGGCUGUUGCGUCUUAGUGCGUGGUCUGCCAUUUGUUGCAUGGCGGCUGUUUGGGUAUUUGCGAGAUCAACUGAAGCGGGGCAAUUUCGUACAUAAUCUAGUAGAGGAAGAUUUCUGUUACCAUCCGUGACUCGAAGUUUGUUGCGUAGUCUAAUCUAAGGAUAA